AUGCCAUCGUCAGCCUACAGAAUGUCUUCUUUCAACAUCACUGACUCUCACCCUUCUUCAUUCCUAUUGCUGGGGAUUCCAGGGUUGGAAAUUGCACAAAUCUGGCUUGGAUUUCUCUUCUGUGCUGUGUAUCUGAUUGCUCUUGUUGGAAAUGUUAUCAUUCUGGUUGUUAUCUGGAUUGAACGUAGCCUUCACCAACCCAUGUUCUACCUUCUGGCCAUGCUGUCAGUGAUUGACCUAAGUCUCUCUACUACUACUAUCCCCAAGAUGCUGGGUAUCUUCUGGUUCAACCUUUAGGAGUUGUGCUUUGGAUGCUGUGUUGCUCAAGUCUUUUUUGUCCACUUUUUUACAGUCAUGGAGAGCAUUGUACUUCUUGCCAUGGGUUUUGAUCGCUAUGUGGCUAUUUGCAAACCCCUCAGGUACAGUAUGAUCCUCACCGACAGAGUCAUUGGUGUGAUUGCUAUGGUGGUGGUUCUAAGAAGCUUAUGCAUGAUUGCACCCAUCAUUUUUCUCCUCCUGAGGCUUCCUUACUGCGGACAUAGAAUCAUCCCUCAUACCUAUUGUGAGCACAUGGGAGUGGCACGUCUAGCUUGUGCCAGCAUUAAUGCCAAUGUCUACUAUGGUCUUGGGAAUAUUUCUAUCUUGUUUCUGGAUGUGAUUCUCAUCAUUAUCUCUUAUGCUAAGAUUUUAUACGCUGUCUUCCACCUCCCCUCCCAAGAUGCCCUCCUGAAGGCUCUGAAUACCUGUAGCUCCCAUAUUUGUGUCAUCUUUGCCUUCUUUGGUCCAGCUCUCUUCUCCUUUCUCACUCACUGCUUUGGUUAUGGCAUCCCCAAGUAUAUCCGUAUCCUUCUGGCUAAUCUCUAUGUAGUCAUACCCCCUGCCCUCAACCCAGUCAUUUAUGGCAUCAGAACCAAGCAGAUCCAGCAGCAGGUACAGAGUCUGUUUGUUGAAAAAUGA